AUGUCAGGAACAGGAGAAGAUGACCGUGUGGAGAAGCCGGAGGAAGCACCACGCGGUGUUGGCGGUGAGGAGCAUGACAAGGACGAUGCGGUAGCUCACGCGAUCAAGGCUAACGAUGGAGACGCUCACACAGCCUCACGUGUAGACGCUACGAUCGACGAUGAUGACAUGCAUGGAGCUCUGCCGCCUGCAGAAGAUGAGCAGGACGACGAGGACGAGGACGAGGACGAGGACGGAGACAGCGGGGGCCUACUAUAUCCCGAGCCAGACCAAGACGCACCACUGUUACCACCAUCCGACUUCCGUCCAUUCUUCACCUUAGUCGAAGAUGACACCGGCGAGCACCAUCACCCGAAUGUCCACUACGUCUUCGCCGACGAUGAUCCUGACAUCUUGACAUCGGCUGCUCUGGAAACGCUGCAGGAGUCGAAGCACGAGAGCAGAGUGGAGCAGCGCUUCGUGAUCCUAGACCUUGCAGCAGAUGGUACGGAGCUCGUCUCAGCGACAUCGUUGUCGCCAGACUGGCAAGCUGUGCAAACGAAGCUCACAGCCGCGCCAAGCUGGGGUGGACAUGACGGGAAGAGUGCAGACAAAGGAAUGAUGCUCACCAUAUCGGGACGAGAAGCGAGGAAAGAGGGCGCGGGCAAGGACAAGAUACGGAAGGGCGACAUUGAUGCAUUGCUGAAGGCGUUCGACGAGCAUAUGGGGAGCUUGGAUGGAGUUCUUGUCACGGAGGAGACGGAUGCGAUUAUGGAUACCCCAGCUGCUGAUGAGGCGGCUUGA